CGCAGAAAAAUGAGAAAUAGUGAAGAAAUUUUAACGAUCAGCUGUUGGAAUUUCUCUUAUUAUCACUCGUACAAUGGAGCAAUGACACCGAUCAAAUGGCAGUAAGGUAGUAUUAGAGGGCGGGUAGGCGGCACGAUGAGCUUUAAUAAGCGUGGAGCCGGCUACGAUGGAAAAAUCGCUGGUCUGUAUGACCUUCACGAAACCAUCGGAAGGGGUCAUUUUGCUGUUGUCAAGUUGGCAAGACAUGUAUUUACAAACCUUCAGGUAGCUGUCAAAAUAAUUGACAAAACAAAACUAGAUGAAGUGUCAAAAGCUCACUUGUUCCAGGAAGUGACAUGUAUGAAAUUAGUACAACACCCCAAUGUUGUACGGCUCUAUCAAGUAAUCGACACACCAACAAAGUUGUACCUCAUUUUGGAACUCGGUGAUGGUGGAGAUAUGUAUGACUACAUCAUGAAACAUGAUGGAGGACUAGACGAGCAAAUCGCAAAACGAUAUUUUAAGCAAAUAAUCCAGGCUGUAUCAUAUUGUCACAAGCUUCACGUUGUUCAUCGAGAUCUCAAGCCAGAAAAUGUUGUUUUCUUUGAAAAAUUAGGAAUUGUGAAAUUGACUGAUUUUGGAUUUAGUAAUAAGUUUAUCCCUGGCAAGGAACUUGAGACAUCCUGUGGAUCACUGGCUUACUCAGCCCCUGAGAUAUUAUUGGGUGAUUCUUAUUCAGCUCCCGCUGUUGAUGUAUGGAGUCUUGGGGUACUUCUCUAUAUGCUGGUCGUAGGAGAAGCGCCAUUCCAAGAGGCCAAUGACAGUGAAACAUUAACUAUGAUUAUGGACUGUAAAUAUAGAAUACCAGAGACGAUGUCACCGACUUGUCGAAGUUUAAUUGACAAGAUGUUGCGUCGAGAGCCCGAGGACAGAGCCAAACUGGAUGAGAUUAUUUCAGACCCCUGGCUGAUGAUGGGGGACGCUAGUCCUGUUGUCAUACAACCAUUAAUCUCCCGGCAACAAAUCAAUGAAGAAUCCCACAAGGCUAUUGUGCAAAAAAUGGUAGAGAGGAAUAUAGCCUCCAAAGAAGAUAUUUUAAAUUCAAUAGAGAAAGAUAAAUAUGACAAUAUCACUGCAACAUACUACCUCCUUGCUGAGCAGACCCUCCGUAAACAACAGAAGCACGAACAGUCCUCACCCCGUCACAAUUCCCCUCGUCAGAAAUCAGCUUCGCCCUCAGAUAAUAAACCAAAGUUGGAACCGCUUGCUUUGUCUCCACGUUCUGAGACCCCACCUGGUGUCAGCCCCGAUAGUCAACGACGUAUUACCAUGAUGAAUUCACUAGUGUCUCCACCUGGUGCCAUGAUGGCAAACUCCUCAAAUAACCUAGGAGUUCCGGCAGGUGCAGGACCGGGACCAGCCGAACAUGGCUUCCUGGGACGUAAAUUUAGUCUCAUCCGGGAAGAAGUUGAAGAGGACUCAGAUAUGGAUGUUGAAAAUCAGGAAAUGAAAACGUCAAAAUCAGUCGAGGAUUGCAGUGAUUCAGAUUCACGUAGUAGCACUGAUACUGACUCUCGUACCACAUUACAACAAAUACGCUCGCGAACUUUACCCCUGACCCGGCCGUUACAUUCAGUGCGCAGCUCCCCUCAGUUGUUGAAUCAGAUCACUGAAGCCGAGAGUGAAGAAGAAGAUGAUAUUCUACCCCCUAAGAUUUCCCCUCAUCGCAUGCUCCACUCGAGGGCCACACUCGCCUCCCCGGAGGUGCUUCGUAAACUAACCCAUCAGAAAAAGCGUCUUGGAAAAGGUUCAAAACAUGGCACAAGCUGUAGCAGUAGUGACGCUAGUGAUACGGAUGAGACUGAUCGGCGCAAACGUAAAGAGAAAAUCAAACAACGAUUUCAACGUCGUGACAGCAGUGACCAUUCUAGCGAUACUGAUGGUCCUGCGGGGGCAGGUGGGGUAGGUGGAGGAGGUCGACAAUUUGUCAGCUCCCAUAGAUCAUGUCGGGUGAGCAGUUCCCAUGCUAAUGACUCUAAAACUGAGAGUAAAGGAGGGAGUAGUGGGGGAAAGCAGAACGGUCUCGGGGAUAACAACUCUAACAAUUCAGUACUGAAUGAGGUUCGUAACAGCAGUACUGAGAAAAAUGUUGAACUCGUGAGAAAGGACAGUAAUCAUAGUAGUACGUGUAGCAAUGGUGACCUACAUAGGAAUGACAGCUCAAAGAAAAGCAAAGAUGGAUUGUCGAGGAAAGACAGUGGGAAAGGCAGUUUCAGAAAAACUAGUAAUUUUAGUAUAGCUUCUAAUAUAUCUAAUCUAAGUCUAUCUAGCUUGGCGAGCCGAGGUAGCCGCUACAUUGUGGAUUCAUGCACGGGUACACCCAAAGGCUCCUUCAGGGGUUACUACAUGACGCAAGAUGUAGAGACAAUGAACUUAGAGAAUAGAUACCAGACCAAAGUUAUCCAUGUAAGGUCUAAAGACUUUAGCGAUCUCCAGGAGAAGUUUCGCUGUAAAGAGGACCAAGGGUCCGUGUCAGACACUGGCACUUAUUAUGUCAAGUUAAGAAAAAGACAACGAAAUCGUAGUAAGACGGAUGUUAAUCGGAACAGUCACAGCGAGAAGAGUGAUACGGAGGUUGCGCUUGUACGGAAACCUCCACAAACUAAAUGCUGUAGUCUAGUAUAAUUUGACAAAUCGUAGGAAAUAUAUUCUGACCAAUCAAGAAGUACUGUAAGGACUGUCUGCCUAUUCUAGUGCAUUUUGGGAAAUACUGUAUUCAUGUAUAACAUGUGUAGAAAGAAUGUUACAGAUAUUCCUAGUACAACUACCAUCUGCUUAUUUUAGUGCAUUAUGGGUAAAAUUAGCAUCAUAGGACCAUACAUGUAUAUUGUAUUCUGACCAAUCAGGCAACUGACAUUAUUUAAGAUAAUCUGAUAGGAUAUGAUAUAUUCUAAGCCAAUGCCUGUGGUAAUUAAAGAAACAAUAAUUUUGACUCACUCCCAUAGUUUUCGAAAUUUUCUAGAAUUGUAAAAAAACUCAUAUUCCAAAUGUGUGCACCAAAA